AUGAGCACCUCCAGCAACAAGCCCGGUGCAAUUGACAUCGAGGCCUCCAUUGUCACUGCUCUUGCCGACCCCAAUCUCUUGGUUCUCAUUCCGCACACUGAACGCAAGGUCGCUCUUCCCUCUCACUUGUCUGCCUCCUCCAUCGUGCUCCAGAUCAACCAUCUCUUGAGUCUCGCCUACAACGACAUCCUUGCCGACAACAACCAGGCCUUCCUUGCUUUCCUCAACAUUGUCGACUUGACAAAACUCUAUCUCUCCAACUACACUGCAAAUUCAUCCGCCAAUGCCGACACUGACAUCUCAAUUUAUAACAAGACAACCCUAUUCAGCAUCUGGGAAAUCAGAUUGUCUUCGCUAAUCCUCUCAAACAAUUUUGCCAACAACCAUCUAAAAUUUGCAAGAGAAGAAAGCAAAAGACUAUCCAUCCUACUAAACGAUAAAAACUCCCUUUUUCUACUACCUUUAAAUCUAUCUAUCCUAAUCCUCAGACUAAACCACUCCUUUGAUUUCAUCAAAUCCCUAUAUGAUAUCAUAUGGCAAUUAAGGUUUACCCUCAGUAAUAACCUCGAUAAUCAAAAUCUGUCUCUAAUUGAUCAUCUAAAGAUUCAUAUUAUCUCCUAUAACAUAGCUGCUGAUUUAAUCUUGAAAAGAGAUUACUUGACUUUUAUAUCCUUCUCCAACUCAAUUCUCAAUUACUCAAACUUCAAAUCACUCGAUAAUAAGCAUAAUAAUGACGAAAACUUGACUAAUUAUGAACUAAAAUUAUCCUCGAAUUUUGCUUUAUUAUCAACUCUAAUCUCUUUCAUACAUGGUGAUUACGAUAACGCUGAAUACUACUUCAACAAACUCUUAUCCAUAAACUCACUUCAAUCCUCUUCCUCAUCUCAAAACAAUUCAAAUCUAGAUUCAAACUACUCAAUUCUAUCUUUGAAAAAAAUCCUAUUAAAGUAUAACCCAAUCUUAGACAACGAUAUAAUCAAACCCUUAAAAUCACCACCAACCAUAUCCUCAAUAGACAACCUACUAGAGCUACAUAAAAAAACUAGAAUAACUGGCAGAAUUUUGUGUUGUUUCUGCGCUUUAGCUGAAUUGGAUUUAAGAACUUUCAACAACCAUAUAGAUAUCUUAAAAAACGAUCAAUCUUCAACUCAUCCACUCCUCACUCCUGAUUCUGACCAAUUAAAAUCUCUUGAUUAUUCCCAAUUCCUAACUGCCUUUUGGAAACAAAAUUUAAAUAAACUAUAUACUUUUGAAUAA